AUGUCAAUGCUUGUUCGAACGGCCUAUCGUGAUGCUACUCGGAUAUCGUCGAGAAUCGUAUCGAGACCAUUCUCGAUGACCACUGCCACUCGUUCUGAUCAUCUGUUCGUUCAUCGGGAUACCACCUAUAACAACCCUAAGAUCCCAUUUCAGUUCACACCUGAAAACCUACAGCGAGCAAACGAAAUAAUUGGGCGAUACCCAUCACAAUACAAGAAAGCCGCAGUCAUUCCUUUGCUUGACCUCGGGCAGCGCCAGAACAAGGGAUGGACUAGCAUCAGCGUCAUGCAAUACGUUGCCAAACUGUUAGAAAUACCACCGAUGCGUGUUUACGAGGUUGCCACAUUCUACACCAUGUUCAACCGUGAGCCGAUUGGGGAGAACUUUGUGCAAGUUUGCACGACGACUCCAUGCAUGUUGUGUGGGUCGACUGACAUUUUGAAUACCGUAACUUCGCACUUGGGUGGCAUCAAACCUGGCGAAACCACUACGGAUGGAAAAUUUACUGUCGUUGAAGUCGAAUGUCAGGGCGCAUGCAGCAAUGCACCCAUGAUAGUUGUAAAUGAUGAUUUCUACACCACCAAGAAGAUUCUGGACGCUUUUGCCGCUGGACAGAAACCAAAACCUGGGCCGCAGAGUGGUCGUCACACCAGCGAGAACUCCUCGGGCUUAACGUCUUUGACUACAAAGCCUUACGGUCCUGGAGAACAUUGCCUUCCAGAAUUCCAGUAG